UACUGAGGAAAUGCCUCCAGAAGAUUCUGGUGUUACAAAGUCUUUCUCCACAAUUGAAGAUUUGGAACAGAGUGAGGCAGAUAUGUCCAGCAAGGAAAGGACACGCAAGUACAGGGAAAGACUGAAUGCAGACCCUGUGACGAGAGAGGAUAUCCUCAGGGAAAGAAGAAAAAAGUAUGAAGAGAAGAAACAAAAAGGAAAAAAUGACCCUCGCAGUGUCAAAUCACUUCCUCCUUCUAAGCAAGACACAUUGAGGGAGAAAUGGAGAAAUGCACAAAGGAUACACAGAAAAAGAAAACAUGAGCUUGAUGCUGUAAUGAACUUGACCCCUCCAUCUCUUGAGGUUUCACUAAAUGAAGAUGACAUUGCACCACCAAUAAACAGCUCCACACCUCCAGAGCCUUCUGUCUCUUCACAUCCCUCCACCACUCCUCCUGCAAAGCCCCCUUUGAUGGAAAGUGCUCUAUAAAUUAAAAUUAUUAUUUCUAUUAUUACAAAACAAAUUUUAAAUGUCAUGAUUGAUGUGAUUAAUGUAUAAAUUUGACAUUCUAAUUAACUGUUUGCUACAAAGGUGUCACUGUCAUUCAUAGCUCAGUGUUGUUCUGUUAAUUCAUUCAUACACACUAUUUUUUAUGUUCAUUCAUGAUUGAUGUGAUUAAUGUAUGAAUUUUACAUUAUUAUUGAACCAUUAUUUGGAAUUCAUAU